CUUCUUUCCCUUAAAGUCAAUAUCCCUCUGCGGCCUUGCCCUGGGCCUUGUUUGGUAUGCUUAACCUGUCAUACCGCAGGCUAGAUUUAAAGUUCCUUGAAAACCUUCUCCAUGUUUAUAUUUUUAAAAGGCCUAGUAGGACCUAUAUAUUGGAUACCCAGUAAAUAACUGUCCAGUGGAGUGGCCAGGCUAUGGUGGUACUUCAGUUACCUGCAACCUGCUGUGGCCUUUGGACAGGAAGUGGGGGGGGGUUGUGUACUUCUCUCUCGUGUGGGUUAGCUAGAGGCUGCCCCUCAGCUCCCUUUGACCCAGCUCUGUCCCCAGAACCGUGGAGGGGACACACUGACUCUUUAGAAUCUCCAGCAUGGGGAGUCUGGGAGCUGCAAAGGCCAUGAGGUUAGCCUUCCUUAUGGCUCCUUUUACCUUCUUAGUUCUCCCCUCUCAGGACUCUGCUCUUCCUCCAGAGAGAUACCCAGGAGAAAAGGGAACAACCAGUUUAUUCCUGAAAGCCAGGCCCCAGGAUCUGAUGACAUUUGAGGAUGUAGCUGUGGAAUUCACCCAGUGGGAAUGGGGGCAGUUGGACCUUGCUCAAAAGGACCUAUACAGGGCAGUGAUGCUGGAGAACUUCAAGAACCUGGCCUCUCUGGGGCUUCCAGUGUCUAAACCAUAUGUGAUCUCCCAGAUGGAGGAAGGGAAAGAGCCCUAUGUGUUAGAGGGAGAAAUCUCAACAGAAUGGGAACAAGGGUGUGACCUCUGGAUCUAGUCUUAAGAUAAAUACCUGUCUGUUGACAGUGCUCUACAAACAUGGCUGUGUUUCAGAAUCUCUCAGGGAGCUUGUUAAACAUCCAGAUCUCCAGGGGUCACAUAAGACCUAACUGACUCAGAAUCUGGCUUCUGGGAGCACUGGCAUCACUAAUCAUUUACCUCUUCAAAAGUGUUACUAUUAUUGUAUUAGUUUUCUAUUAUUGCUGAAACAA